AUGUCGACCAUUCAUUCGUCCGACCGACUUUCCGUCGGAGAAAAUGGGACGAUCAAUAUCCCAUCGACCUAUCUGAAGUACGUCAACCCUGAGGGAUGGGACCACCCGACGGUCACGCCAGGCAAAGCGACCGAGUCCCAAGUCGAUACCUUCAUCGCCAGAUCCAUCACUGAGAGGCGAAUUGAGGGCAUCUUCGGACCUACUUUGUGGGGACGGUUCUGCCUUGAAUUCGGCGAAUGGGAUGAGGAAACCUUCGACAUAAGCAGCAAGUGCAUGAUCGAGACACUUCGCAACACACUCCUUCAAUACGGAGUAUUCGUUGAAUGGGGCCGAGGGCAUGGAAAGGCCGCUGCGAACCUUAUGAAUACUCUCACUCAAGACGACUACCAGUAUUGGUCGACGGAGGAGUUCGACCGAUGGCACAAGAAAGACCCCACCUUCCGAUCUCACUGUCAAAUGACCAACUUCGCCAACGAUAUCACCAUUCCACCCAAGUUAGGUGAUGAAAUCCGCGAAGAGCUGGAGCAGCUUCGUCGACAGUCAAGUUCACGGGCUGCCACGCCAGUAUUGCCUCCUCCCCCUUCUCGCCCUUUCCCAUUUCACCUUACGGAUGACGAUAACCACCUCGCCUCCGGAAGUCGAGAUCCGCCUCAACCGACAACCGCCAAUCCUACCCCUGCUGGCGGCCGCCCGCAUGAACUCGCGCCCGAACGGGGCGUUCGGCCUAACCCCGCGAGAUUCACUCCACGCGAGGCGACUCGUGAGCCCACGCAACCCAACUCUCGCAAUCGCGUGAGCGGGCCUGACCCGAUUGAUGGGUACCAGCAACGUGAUCAGCGCGAUGCACCAGGCAGGGAAUACCGCGGCCACAACGGCCAUUGGGGCGAUCCUACGCCAACCGACCGACCUUCGCCGAAGCAGUUGAGCGACCUCACGAAGCUAUACUCAGGCAACGAUAUGAAGUACGGCGGCGAGAAGUACGACGUCCUCGACAUGAAACUCACGAUCUUUCGCGAGAAUUGCCAUAACGCAGGGAUCACAAACGACCCAAGUCACCUGGCCCUUCUGAACGCCUGCCGAGGCGUCCCUGAAGCCAGACUGUGCCUCUAUAACCCGGCAGCCACCCUCGAAGGAGUCUGCGGCCAGCUUCGAUCGGCGAUCAGAACCGCCGAAUACGAGGCGAAAGCCACCAGUCAGUUCGUCACCUACGGGCCUCACGGUGGCGGUCAUCACCACUCUUGCCAUCACAAUGGGCCUCAUGAGCAGCACUUUACCGACCGCACAUACCACGGCAACGGUAAGGAUAACUGGUAUGGAGGCAAGAGCAAGGGCCAGCGGCGAAACGACCGCCCUACGCCAAGUGACCGCAAGUGUUACGUCUACAAACAGCGUGUGGCCUAUGACAAAUACAAGGCCAACGAGCACACCAAGGGCAAGACCGGUGACGCGGCGUACCACGCAUUCUUGACCAUUUAUGAAGGCGACGAUCAUUCCUUCACUGACGAGAAUAGUGAGGAGGAUCUCACGCAAUACCUCCAGGGUAUCACGAUCGAAGAAGAAAACCGAACCAAGACCGACGACGAUGAGUCCUUUCACAUGAACACCGCCUUCUUCGUCGAGACCAACUUCGACGGAAAAGCCCUUAUCGACCAGUUGGCUGAUCAAUCUUUCACUUAUUACCUGACCAAGGCUGACCCAGGUAUUCGGCAGCACAUCCAAAAGUUGCAGCCUUCUAGGCCGACCGGCGAUCCGAUCGACGAUCCGACCGAUCCGAAGUUAUCGAUAACCCCUUCGUCGGCUCUUUCGUCUAAUUUCCUUCUCGAUCGAUACUCAUCAGAGGUCCUCCAGGGCAUCUUGCCGGAUACAGGCGCAGCAGGCCAUUCGACUGCCGGAUCCCUCAAGUCGUUGCCCUUCGACGGAUUCAACCUGCGGAGAUUGAUCCAGAGGAAAAGGUGA